UCAAAGAAACCCUCUUUUACACUCAACAAGUACAGCCUUGUCUACUCACCAAUGGCUCCUAGCUUUGAUGAUAGAAGCUCGCUUUUCAACUUUGUCGUCCGAGAUGGAAAUGGUGUCAAAGGAAUGGUGGACUUAGGCCUAUCGAAGGUGCCACAAGCUUACAUGCAACCACCAAAAGAGAGAAUAGACAAGCAAAACGCUAGCAAACAGGAGCAGCCACCGAUUGAUUUGUCGAGGCUAGGUGGCCCUGAUCAUGAUGAAGUGGCCAGGGAAAUUGUUAGAGCAGCUGAGACUCUGGGCUUCUUCCAAGUUGUGAACCAUGGAGUGCCUGUUGAACUACUAGAGUCCCUUAAGGACACCGCGCAUAAUUUCUUCAGCCUGCCCCCUGAAAGGAAGGCCAUUUAUCGCACAGAAGUGAGUCCUACCCCGUUAGUGAAGUACGGAACGAGCUUCGUGCCAGAGAAAGAGCGAGCAUUAGAAUGGAAAGAUUAUAUCAGCAUGCAAUACACCAGUGAAGCCGAAGCUCUAGAACAUUGGCCUAUUGAGUGCAGGGAAGUAGCACUUGAAUACCUGAGGACAUCAAUCGGCAUGGUGAGAAAAUUGCUUGAAGUUUUGAUGAUAAAUCUAGGGGUGAAACCAGAAGACUCAAAGAUCGAUGCACUCAUUGAUAAGAAGAUGAUUAAUAUGAACUUCUAUCCAACAUGUCCUAAUCCAGAUCUCACAGUAGGAGUAGGACGUCACUCCGAUAUGGGUACUCUUACGGUCUUAUUACAGGAUGGAAUUGGUGGUUUAUAUGUGAAAAUUGAAGAAGAUAUAGAUUUUGGAAAGAAAGGAGAGUGGAUAGAGAUCCCUCCUACCCCUGGUGCUUUGGUCAUCAAUGUUGGCGAUAUGUUGCAGGUACUAAGCAAUGGAAAGUACAAAAGUGCAGAGCACAGAGUUCGUACCACAAGUACAAAAUCAAGAGUGUCAAUACCAAUAUUUACAAUUCCAAAACCAACAGAAAAGAUUGCACCGUUGCCUCAAGUGGUAGAGAAAGAUGGAAUUGCUCUUUAUAGAGACUUUGUGCUUGCUGAUUACAUGAACAAUUUUUUUGGAAAUGCACACGACGGCAAGAAGUCCCUUGAUUUUGCAAAAAUUAAUUCCGCAUGACUGAAAUUUGAGAAAACUUAGUCGCCAUGAAUCUGUUCUCAAUUUUAGCACGUCGUUUGAUACUUUUUGGUGUUUUCCAAUAAAUAGGUGGGUGCUUUAUACACUCAAUCUCAAAUUCUUCAACCGCCUCGUUCUUCUUUCUAUGGACUCAAAUGUGACGUUACGAACCCAAAUCUCAAUCUCAAGACAUGAAGAGAGUACGUAUACUGAACGUUUAUUGUCCAAUGUUUACUGUAAAAUUCACGAUGUAGUGUGAAACUUGUUACCAGAUCUCUAUCAAACCUGAAGGAAAGCUCCUCUCUAAUGCAAUUAAUGUCUGUUUAAUGAA